UGUGAGUGUGUGAGGAGUUUGUUGCCUUGUAUCAAGUUGCAUUGCGUUUUAAGUGUAACUGGAGACGCCACAUAGAAAAAACUCUGAUGGUCAAGUAAUGAUAGCGGCUACUAGAUAUAACCUAUGAAUUGUCACAGCAUGGCACACGAUGUUAAAACCGCCAUCCUGAGAGCGAAACAUAAAAUUUCGAGCUUGGAGAAUGAGCUGUGUGCCAAAAGGGAGAGCUGCUCAGAAGGUGAGGAGGAAAACCAUCAGAUGCCAUGGAAGCUCAAACAAGAGUUGAAGGAUUCACUUGUUGAUAUGUACAAAGCUAAUCCAAAAGUCAAUGAGGAACUGAAACAAAGGCUGCCGUCCCCUAUAAAGCGCCAUUGUUCAGAGACCACACCACAAUCUGGGUUCUGUGGUCUGGCCUCCAGCCCAGAUAUCUCUCAAACUACGUCGGAGACAGCGGCUCCGGAGAAAAAACUGAAAGGUCCUGACUCUCCCAGGGCUAGAGAAGACCCAGUGCAUGGACCCUUUCCACCACCGCCACCACCCCUACCGGCCCCAGCGAGAAAUAUAGAGGAGGUGGUGAUGCUGCCCCUCCAAAGUGCCCCCACACAGCACAGUCUGAACGAAGAGGAGACCGACACCAGGGCUACCAGCAAAUCACCCUGCGUGACACCAGACCCGACAGCACCCAGAAGAAUCACAGAUAAGUGCAAUGGGAAUUCCAAAGUUAGUCAUGACACCAAAAGGCAAGUCCCAUUUCUGGAUAAAGAGAAGAACAUUGCAUUCCUGUUGAAGGAGCUGGACUCACUACGAGACCUCAAUAAGAAGCUCCAUGAAAAGCUGGCCCUGAAGGAGAAGGAGCUUGAGACUAUGCGAUUGGACAGCCAACUUCAGGAAGAGAAACUUGGAGCCGAUGCCUGUGAGAGAGCUGCAGCAUUAGUGGAGGAGAUUUAUAAAGCUCAGAGGGAGAGGGACCAGGCUGUCAUGGCCAGACUGCGGCUAGCUAAUGAGGAACGGGAUGAGGCUCUUCUUCGAGCCAAGAAGCUUCAAGAGGCAGCACUUGAUUUGCAGGUGCAGGUAGUUAUGAGGCUGGAGAAUAUUAACCCAGAGGAAACUGACAUGGACCUGGAGGAAUUACUCAACAGAGUGAGCAGUGCGGAUUCUGCCUUGAGCAUUGAGCAGAGUGGUAUGGCCAUCCUAGAGCGCAUUCAGAGGGCUAGGGAGCGCCGCUCUAAGAUCACCUCUGAGGAGAUGAAAGCUGUCAUAGAAGAGCGAGACAAUGCCUUCACCAGGUGCCAGCGCCUGGACCAAGAGCUUCUUCACACCAGAGAGCUGAGCCAGGCCAACACACGUCACUUGAACAUGGCAAACAAUCAGGAACAAGUGCACAAGAUUCAGUUAGAAUUGGAGGCUGUACAGAGAGAGAGGAAUAUUGCUAUGGAACAUGGGCACAAACUGGAUGAGGAGCUCCAGGCUAUGCGUAGGUGCCACAGUGCACAGCAGAGCCAAACAGAUGAGUCCAGUGGGAAGGAGACCCCAUGCUUGUCCUCUCCCACCUAUGUUAAGGAAAGCAGCACAGCUCAAGGACAGAAUCUGCUGAGCCAUGUGCAGCAUCUCACCUCAGAGCUACAGAGCACUCAGACUCAACUUCGUGUGGCACAGGAGUCUGAAAGAGAGGCCAAUGAAAAAGUGCACAAGUUGGAACGGUUGGUAGACGUCUUGAGGAAGAAGGUGGGCACAGGCAGUGUCCGUACUGUGAUCUGACUGGCCAACGGGUGACUGGAGCAGACGGCCACAUCUGGUGACCAGGCUGCUGUGUUUAACUCUGAGCAAACAACUGAAGCCCUUCCUGGGCAAACACGGGCUGGAAGUGCUACUUGGUCUCACCCUCAGCCCUUCACUCCCUUCUCAUAUUCUCCAUACUUACAUUCUCAAUGUUAUCGACAGCCAUUUUAUCCCAAACAUGUCUUGGAACUGUUUGUUGUUUUUAAUGUAUUGAUUUGAGCAAUGUGUUUCAUUUUCAAGGAUACAGGUAGAUUUAAUCAACAUAUGUAUAGUCAGAUAUUUAGCAGGGAUAAAACAUCCUUAAUGAGGUCUUUUCAUCCAAAAUGUAAAAUGUUUAGCUGUUUUAUGUAUUAGAUGAUUGAAAGACUAAUAUCAGAUUCACCAGGCAAAUUUUGGGUAUUUUUCAGUAGCUUUAUAGCUUUAAAGGGACCGUAAUGUCAAAAUCAUGCUUGAUUAAAAAAAAAUUCAACUCAAUUGACUAAUAAAAUAUUAUAAGGCUGGUGGUUUAUUUUUCCUGCCAUUUUUUUAGUAAUAGUAAAAUAUUAUUAAAAUAUCAGUUUUAAGAAAAUGAUGGAUCCUGGUGCUGAUAAAUUAUAGCCAGAGGAGAGGAUUAUCGGCAUUAUCUAUGAAUAUGAUAACAGAUUUACUGCCGCUAUCACCACAGGUUUUCUUUAGCAUUUUAACACUGUCUGCCCCUGAUAGUGAACAUUCGCAUUUUUUCAGCUGUAAUAAUAUAUUUUACAUUAAAUUGGAUGCUUGGUAUUUUUUUUAGUAUUAUUUAA